AUGACAUCCCGAACGGUCAAAUAUACGAGAGUGACACCCGAACAGUCGAAUGACAACCCGAACGGUCAAAGAUACGAGAAUGACAACCCGAACAGACACAGAUACGAGCUUGACAACCCGAACAGACACAGAUACGAGAUUGACAUCCCGAACAGACACAGAUACGAGAUUGACAACCCGAACAGACACAGAUACGAGAUUGACAUCCCGAACAGACACAGAUACGAGAUUGACAUCCCGAACAGACACAGAUACGAGAAUGACAUCCCGAACAGACACAGAUACGAGAAUGACAACCCGAACAGACACAGAUACGAGAAUGACAUCCCGAACAGACACAGAUACGAGAAUGACAACCCGAACAAUCAUUGCUCACGGAGCACACAUGACACUAGCGGGAGACUGCAUCCACAUCAUGGCUUCCCCGACCCGCUCGCCAGUGGCUCCGCUUCAUACGUCGGUAUGAGUGACCUAUUAGCAAACGAAGCAGGUCCCGACAUCAGAAGAAUCUCAUCAACAUCAACACUGAUCUCCAUUGUAGAGUCCCUAUUGGAUCCAAGAGACACAAUCUACGAGGUCCGAGAUGAUGGCUUCGGGAACUGGGGAGCUCGGGAAUCCAACCCUCAAUACACCAACAGCAGCGUGUUCUCUGCGGAGUCAGCACAGCGUCUGAACCAGAAGCUGAGAGCUCUACCGAGCGAGCUCAGCGUGGAAGACGACGAUGCUGAUGAAUACGAAUACAACUACCCCUAUGCUGACCUGGGAAAACUAAGAUUGCCUGCGGCGGCCGACCCCAACAGACUCAGCACCUGCUCCGAUGAUACAGAGUAUGUGGUGGUGCUCAAACAGAAACAAUGCGAGGCAACAUAUUCAUCACACGUGAAAGGAAUGGUCAGAAGUACGCCAAGCGGAAUGAGCAACACUGAUGAAGUACCCACAACCUCAACUGGUCACACGACCACGCCCAGUCUUCGGGAUCCUUUGGGCGGUAAGGGGUUGGCCGACCACUAUAAGGUUCCGCGCUCACCAGCCGUUAGGCGUGACACAGCAGACACUCCGUGUGGUCAGCAGUUCGUCAGGAGCUACGUUACUUCGAUCAAGAGCAUGACCGAGAGUUCGACUGGUUUGAAACGAAGCUCGGGACACAGGCAGACAAGACGGGUCAAAGAGAUGGUACAGUGUCCACCGCCUCCCCCUCCUGAAAAUUAUGAAACCCCCCAUGUGUACGUCAAUGGUCGUGGUACAGGUAGUACAAAGAUUUUCUCUGAAUCUCCUAAGCCCAAGAGACGGGCCCCACCCAUACCCAAGCCAAGAACACGGAUACCAGCAGAGCACAAAACAACCAAAGACACUAAAGAGGUAACCUUAGAAACACAAACUGUAGAAAGAUUCAUUUAA